GGAGGGAGGGGAAUCAGGAGAUGGGCCGGGCGAACAGAUAGCAGAGGGCAACCCAGCACUGCGCUGCCAGCCGCUCUGCUUUCCUUCUCGCUCUCCUCCCGCAUUGCCCCCCGUUCCCCCCCCGGACGAUGCUGUUGGCGGGGCUGUUCCUGGCGCUCUGCGCGCUGUCGCUGUGCCCGGCGGUGCUCGGCGCUGCGCGGCCGCAGCUGCUGGUGGAGAGGAGCGGCUCCAGGAUGCUGCGGGAGGUUGGUGGCUUUUCCUGGGAGGACUGUGGUAACGGGCGGGAUCCCGUCGUGCUCCAGAGCCUCUCGGUGGCACCCGACCCCAUCAGCAUCCCAGGGACCCUGCGCAUCAGCGCGGCCGCGAGCAGCAGCAAGGCCAUGACCUCCCCCCUGAAGGCGGUGCUGGUGGUGGAGAAGGCCUUGGGAGACCUCUGGAUUCAACUGCCCUGCAUCGACCAGCUGGGCAGCUGCACCUAUGAUGAUGUGUGCGCCGUCCUCGACGACCUCAUCCCACCUGGCACGCCCUGCCCGGAGCCGCUGCUCACCUACGGCAUCCCCUGCCACUGCCCCUUCAAGGCGGGCUCCUACUCACUGCCUGCCAGCGACUUUGCCCUGCCUGACAUCGAGCUGCCCUCCUGGAUGACCAACGGCAACUACCGCGUGCGGGCGGUGGUCAGCAACAAGGGGCAGGAACUUGCCUGUGUCAAGCUGGGUUUCUCCCUGCAGUCCCAGUGAGGGGCUGGGGGCAUCCCUCCUCUCCCCACUGCCUUUUUAAUUCAUCUCAUCCCACCCUUCCCCAACCCAACCCAUCCUCAUCCCUUCUCCAUCCCAUCCUCAUCCCUUCUCCAUCCCAUCCUCAUCCCUUCUCCAUCCCAUUCCAUGUCCAUCCCGCAUCUGCUGCCCUGUCUGCACAUACCUCCACCACCCUGUCCCUCCCUGUGGUCCCAAACUGACACUUGAAGCAGGAGAGGAAAGCUCAGGAGCUUUGCCCAGCCCCAGCAGUACCUGCAGGGUCAAAGACUGCUGCCAGGAGGAGGUCCCCCAUUGCACCCACUUGGUGAACCCUCUCCUGCCAAACACAAAAGGUCUCUCCUUGCUGUCCCUCUGUCUCUAACCCCACCACCAGUGUCCCCAGCCUGUUACGGGGUGGCUUUUUGGGGUAACAAUUUUUUACUCUCUUACCCCCCCCUUUUUUUUUUUAACUUUUCUUAAUCCCAUCAAGGGAGUUUCAGACAAAAACAUUCCAGGGAAAAGCACUAUUUCUUGAAGGAGAAAAGGAGGGAACAUGUGAGGAAUGCAGGGGCUGGAGGGGUGCAGGGUGAGCUGUGCAGGCGUCCACACCCACCUCUACUGAAGCACAGAUGCAGAUCCCCCUCAUCUCAUUUUGCUCACCGAGUUGGGGCAGGGUGCUGCACUCCAGCACAGGAACAGCAGCCCAGGUCCUAUCUGGGGACCCCUUGGCCUGGCUGACACCUUUGUGACCCCUCCCUCAUGCUUGUAUCAGCUCUGCAGAUGCAGGUGGCCCAUCACCACCACAUCCAUCACUCCCUGCCCACCACCUUAUAGGGUUGCUCUUCCUCCCGGUGCUGUGUGUGCCUUAAUUCCAGCAUGGAGCAGUGGGAGGUACUUUGCCUGCAGCUGUUCUCCCUGUGCUCUGUGCCCCAAGCUCUUCUCAUCUCACUCUGGUGCAGCAUGGGGUCAUUCUGCUUGGAGAAGAGCUCACCCUCCCACCGUGCUCCUGCUGCUUCCCUGCUCACAGCCCGUGCCCCAAUGGCACCCUCCUUUCAGGCAGGUUCUUAAUAAAUCUUUUUACCAGAAA